AUGUCAUCAGCAAGAAGCACCAAAUUGAAGAUCUUGGCUAUACAUGGAUACCGUCAAUCAGACAAAGUGUUUAGUGCAAAGUUAGGGUCUUUAAGAAAGAGUUUUAAAAAAGAAAUUGAUUUUGUAUUUAUUAAAGCUCCUCACAAAGUACCACCAAUAGAAGAAUCAGAUUGGGAUAAAGAAGAGGCUAAUGAAAACAAAGAAGAUACGGAGCAAUUCGGCUGGUGGUUUAAUACAGAAGAUAAAGUUUUUAAAGCUGUAGAACCAAGUAACUUAUCUGUAGGUUUCGAAGAAAGUGUACAAUUGGUUGAAAAAACAUUUGAAGAACAGGGACCAUUUGAUGGAUUAAUAGGUUUUUCACAAGGAGGAUCAUUUGUUUCUAUACUCUGUGCCAUGCAACAAAAAAAAAUUCUUCCAAUAAGAUUCCAUUUUGCCAUUAUUGUAUCUGGCUUUAAAUCCCUUUGCAAACCUCACGAAAUAUAUUACGAUGAAAAGUUGUUAUUGCCAACAUUGCACGUUUUUGGUGAUGGUGACAAAGUCAUUCCAACAAAAAUGGCUCGAGAUUUGAGUAAUGUGUUCACAAAUAAACAAGAAAUAGUGCAUGAAGGAGGACAUUACGUUCCAGGAAAAAAACACAUAUAUGAUAAUUUUAUAAAAGAAAUGUUUAAAAACAUAUGUGAAGAAAAUAAAAGUUCGUAAAUAAUUUUGUUAUUUGUUAAU